CGGCACGUUCUCACGCUCCUCUCUGCAGGGGGGGGGGGGGGGGGGGAACAAGGCGAGGUCUGUGGGUCUAGCCGCUUGGCCCCUCCCACUCCAGCCAGGCAUUACAGACUGCCGGUCCUCCACACAUAGCAACGCCGCCUCGGCAACAGAGCCCCGGCAACGAGCUCCACGGCAACAGUGCCGUGCUCCGCGAUGGAGCUGCCAUUGGGCGGACCCUCGCUGAGGCACUACACCCAGAGCCGACCCAGACCCCACCGGCAGAAGCCAAACCACCGGCCCGCCCGACAGCAGGAGCCGAUCCUAGAGAGUGAGAACGAGGGCCUGGACCACAUGGGGAGGGUGGAUGAAGGGGUGGAGGAGUUCUUCACCAAGCGGGUUCUGCCCGCUGACUCUCUGAAAAUCGACGAUGAGAUCUCGCCGGCGAUCGUUCCAGAGUCGCUCUCCGCCAGCACGGCCUCGUGCCCCCCCCCCACCCGAACCCUGAGGAGGAAGCUUGGGGACUUCUUCACCCUGAGGAAGAGGCGCGGCCUGAAGACAGAGCCCAGCCAGGAGGGCCGCUCCAAGAAGGCGUCCAUCGCCGACCUCAUCCGGCCGCUCCGAGAGGCGGCGCGGGCCGACAAGAGCAAGAAGGAGCAGGACAGAGACCACGACAAGGAGAACGACAAGGAGAGGCAGAAGGACAAGGCGGACGGGGCCGGAGACAAGGUGGUGGAGGAGGCCCCUGUGGCCCUGCGGAGCGACGCAGCGCCCCCCCGACGCGCCCUCAGAGAGGGGAAGUCCCAGUCGCUUAUCCUGCUGUCGGGAUCGGCAGCGCCGGGGACUGGAAGCACCAGACAAGCCAAGAAAAGCCUCGAUGGUCAGCACAGCUUUGAACAGAAACUGAGUCUCAUGCUGCAACGCAUCGGAGUGACCAAAUCCCAGCCAGCAGAGGAACAGAGUCCGGAGGGAGAGAUGAAGAAGGCCGACUCUGAAGGAACUAUAAUUGACAACAAACCCGAGCCCCCGCCCACUGCCUCCAAACCCCGGACCAUGUCCACCUCCUCAGACACCAGGCAUCAGAUCCGUCAGAGCGCGUCGGCGCACGAGGCGGCGGGGAAGCCGGCGCUGCCCCCCAAACCGACCCUCCGGACUGCGGCCCCCCCGGCGCCGCCGUCCGGCCGCAGCACCCCGGAGAACGAGCUCGCCCACAUAAAGGAGGCUGACGCCCGUCCCCCAGACCCCCCCGUCUCCACCGCCGUCUCCGCCCCCGUAGACCCCCCAACCCCCACCGCCCCGGCCGCGGCCAUCGCUCCCUCCGAUACUCUGGAGCUACGUCAGAUAGAGGCCACGAUUCCGAUAGAGGCCACACCUCCGAUAGAGGCCACACCUCAGAUAGAGCUCAUCGCUCCGGUAGAGGCUACUCAUCCAAUAGAGGCCAGCCCUCUAAAAGAGGCCACAGCUCCAAAAGAGGCUACUCCUCCGAGAGAGGCCACGCCUCCGGUAGAGGCCACACCUCCGAUAGAGGCCAUGCCUCCGGUAGAGGCCACACCUCCGGUAGAGGCCACACCUCUGAUAGAGGCCACACCUCUGAUAGAGGCCACGCCUCUGAUAGAGGCCACGCCUUCGGUAGAGGUCACAGCUCCAGUAGAGGCCAAGCAUCCUAUAGAGGCCACACCUCCAAAAGAGGCCCCGCCUCCAAUAGAGGACACUCCUCCGAUAGAGGCCUCGCCCCCGGGGCUCCUUGAUGGCAGCGCUGUGGUCGCUACACCGGAUCCGUCUUCAGACGCCACCACUGUGGACACGGUCUCCGCGGGAACCUUCCAGAACGCAGCGGGACCCCCCCCCACACAUUCCCCCCGUACCGUGAACCACCCGCACCCCGUCCGCACCACAGAUAUCUCCACCAGCUCUGAGACUCCGGCUCCAUCCAUAGCGACUCCGGUUCAGGGUUUGGCCAACACGUCUUCUGUCUGUAAGACGCCUGUGGAGGCGGACCCCCCCCCUAGCGCCGGAUCAACGGCGUCGUCCUGCGUGGAGGCCACGCCUCCUACCGCUAAUGUCACCAGCCUGGUGUCUACUGACAGCGCUCACUCUAUUGUAGCAUCUCCAAACAUUCAGCCAGGCCCCCCCCUCCCCUCUGACACCAACCAGACCUCCUGCCCCGAGUUCUCCACCUCAGGGGCCCCCAACACAUCCAUCCCUCCCUCCACCUCCACCUCAGGGGCCCCCGACACAUCCACCCCUCCCUCCACCUCCACCUCUCAAUCAGAACAGCCAGCUUCAGUUAACCUUCGUGUCACAAACCGCCCCGGUGCAACAGGACUGAGCAGUAUCAACACUGAGUAUACAGAGGUUCCCUCUGUUACCAUGACAACGGCAGCUUCCCGUCCGGAUUCCACCAGUCCAACAAAUCACUGUCGAGCCGAGGUUAACAAUGUGCAAACACCGCCGGAGGAAAAGCCCCGGCAUGAAUCACCGACAAAGGAGAAAGCGACAGAUGAUGAUGUAGACCGCAAUGUUCAAAGGAGCAAGCAAGAGGAGAGGAAUGGAGACAGCCAGGAGGAGAGCACUACCAAGCACCCAGAGGUGGAGCGAGGAGAGGCCCAGCAGGUCCGAGCAGAAGAGAGGGAGGACCAUCUAGUUCCAGACAAUAGCACUGUGGUUACAGACCCAGAGACGGCCUAGGCUCAGAGAGACGACCGGAAGAAAAGGAACAGGGGAGACCAGAGGCUGAAGCUCAACCAGAUGAAACCAGUUCCAUCCAUGAAAAAUAAGUUCCUAAAGAGAGGCCUACAAUAACAAUAGCAUCCACGUGGGACCAACUACUGUGAGGAGGAAGGAGAGCCAGCAGUAGGGAGUUAUGAGGAGGGGCACACGAGUCAUGGGACCAAAGAACAGCCCUCCCAUUGGAUGAGAUGAUCCAGCAGCGACUUUGUCUGUUUUUUGUUGAUGUUUUUUUUUUUAUGGAUAUGAUUGAAUAUUGAACUGCACGUAUAAAAUGUACUGUAUGAGAAGAACUGUGGUAAAAAAUAUGUUUACAAUAGAUGGAUAAGAGACAUACUCUUCACUAUUAAAUGGAUU